CUCUGAGGGCCGUUGUUCAGUGCGGGGUCUGACAGAGGAGGCUCCGUGUCUGCAGCUAGUGUGUCAACUCAGCGUUUCUCCUCUCGUCCCUGGUGAGGUGUAGCGGCGGCACGCGGCUGGAGAUCCCCUGUGGCCUCCAGUUUAGGAAGGGUCCAGCAUCCCAAGGGAGGGGUGUGUGGGCGAGGGGUCUCUGGGCCCGGGGUCGCGGCUGUGAGGAGAGGCUGCCCGCGCGGCGGCAUCUUAGGCACCUGGAGGAGGCCGCGCUUUCUCCUCAGGGAACCGGCGCCUUGGCAGCCCCCGGCGACGCCGCCCCCUUCGCGGCCUAGGUUGGUCUGGGGAGCCGGGAAGCGGGCGUCGUCCGCAGCGCCGCUGUGGCCACCGCGUCCCGGGCGGAGCUGGGCUCGGUGCCGGCCUGGGCCUAGAGCCCGAGCCUCGAGCUGCCGGCGUGGGGGGUCGCAAGUGGCCUAAUGCGGCCUCGAGGCCGAAGGACCCGAGUCUGAACUCGCACUCCGACCUACUGGUGCUGCGGAAAACUCAGGUGACCUUCCGCUUUCGCAGCCUGUAAAGUGGGGACCAAGACUUUCACCUCUUAGGAUUGUAGUCGGGAUUAAAAGAUUUUCCCGAUAAGCGUUUGGCAACUGCUAUUAUUUGAGAAGCCGCUUACUUUUUCACUCCCCAUCACCGACCUUCCUGGGGAAGGGGGCUAUUGGAAACUGCCUUGGGGUAUCUGGACCCGGCAGUGGAAGCUCCGCCGCCUCGGGCAGAGGGACGGUCCCCUCUGCGGACCAGAGAGAUCUAGCUGACCCCGAACAGGCCCCUUAUAAGCUUGAAGACUUUUUUCUGUGCCUCAACUCUUCCGUGCAUUCGCCCGUAUCCUUGACCCUUUGAAGUACUGUCAGUCCUCUGCCUGAAGAAUCUGAGGCCCAGAGAGGUUAAAUCUGGCAGAACCAGCCAGAACUUGACCCCCAGAGGGGGACCCCUGCAGGCCACCCCCAGUCUCCUUGCAUCUAGAAAAGCAAGCACCUGCUACAUCUGAGCUCUGGCCUUAGAGUUGGCCACUUAGUGGGCUGGAAUAGAGCACACCUGAAAUCAGUCGGACAGCCUUCCUUAGUUGCCAUUUCAUAUCAGAGUGAAUAUCUUUUUUUUUUUUUUUUUUUUUGAGAUGGAGUCACCUUCUGUUGUUCAGGUUGGAGUGAAAGUGGCGAGAUCUCAGCUCACUGCAGCCUCCGCCUCCUGGGUUUAAGUGAUUCUCUUGCCUCAGCCUCCUGAGUAGCUGGGAUACAGACGCCCGUCACCACGCCCAACUAAUUUUUGUAUUUUUAGUAGAGACUUGGUUUUGCCAUGUUGGCCAGGCAGGUCUCGAACCCCAGACCUCCAGUGAUCCGCCCACCUCGCCCUCCCAAAGUGCUGGGAUUACAGGCGUGAGCUGCCGCGCCCAGCCCAGAAUGGGUGUCUUGAAUUAUGUCAUUCCCUAGUUUAAAGCCCUUCAGUGGUUUACCAUUGAGCUUGGAAUCGAAUCCAAUAUUCUCUGUCUUAUAUGACAAGAGCUUCUUGAGUCAUUCCCCUUUUUUAUUAUGCUCUUCCAGAUCUGCCUUUACUUUCUCUUUCAUUGCUUUUAGGCCUUUUGCCCUUCCCACUGCCCGGGUGGAUUUUCUCCCAUUCCCAUCCUCCAUCUUUGUCUUUUCAUGGUUGGCUCUUGUACUUCAGUUCUUAAUUUAAAUGUCAUCUCCCCAGAAAGUUCUUCCCUGACCACUCUUAUCUACCUAAAGUAGAUUUGCCUCUACUCCACCCCCAUUUAUUUGUCAGUAUACUUUUCCAUCACAAUACUCACCUUAAGUUUUAUGUAUUUUUUUGCUUAUUGUUUUUCUCUACCACUAAAUUGCUUUAUCAGACACUAUAUUUCCUUAUUUUGUAAAGUAUUUUUAGUGCCAGGGCACAGUGGCACACAGUGUGGUCUUCUUUUUCUUUGAGACAGGGUCUCACUCUGUCACCCAGGCUGGAGUGCAGUGGUGUGAUCACAACUCACUCACUGUAACCUCGACCUCCUGGGCUCAAGUCUCCCAAGUAGCUGAGAUUACAGGCAUGUGCCACCAUACCCACCUAAUUUUUUUUUUUUUUUUGAGACGGAGUCUUGCUCUGUCGCCCAGGCUGGAGUGCAGUGGUGCAAUCUCGGCUCACUGCAAGCUCUUUUUAGUAGAGACUGGGUUUCACCAUGUUAGCCAGGAUGGUCUCGAUCUCCUGACCUCAUGAUCCGCCUGUCUCGGCUUCCCAAAGUGCUGGGAUUACAGGCAUGAGCCACUGCGCCCGGCUGCUUAUUUUUUAUAGAGACAGGGUCUUACUAUGUUUCCUGGCUGGCCUUGAACUGAGCUCAAGUGAUCCACCCACCCCAGCCUUCCAGAGUGCUGGGAUUACAGGAAGAGCUAAAGAUGGCUGAAUUUCUAGAUGACCAGGAAACUCGACUGUGUGACAACUGCAAAAAAGAAAUUCCUGUGUUUAACUUUACCAUCCAUGAGAUCCACUGUCAAAGGAACAUUGGUAUGUGUCCUAUCUGCAAGGAACCAUUUCCCAAAUCUGACAUGGAGACUCACAUGGCUGCAGAACACUGUCAGGUGACCUGCAAAUGUAACAAGAAGUUGGAGAAGAGGCUGUUAAAGAAGCAUGAGGAGACUGAGUGCCCUUUGCGGCUUGCUGUCUGUCAGCACUGUGAUUUAGAACUUUCCAUUCUCAAACUGAAGGAACAUGAAGAUUAUUGUGGUGCCCGGACGGAAUUAUGUGGCAACUGUGGUCGCAAUGUCCUUGUGAAAGAUCUGAAGACUCACCCUGAAGUUUGUGGGAGAGAGGGGGAGGAAAAGAGAAAUGAGGUUGCCAUACCUCCUAAUGCAUAUGAUGAAUCUUGGGGUCAGGAUGGAAUCUGGAUUGCAUCCCAACUCCUCAGACAAAUUGAGGCUCUGGACCCACCCAUGAGGCUGCCGCGAAGGCCCCUGAGAGCCUUUGAAUCAGAUGUUUUCCACAAUAGAACUACCAACCAAAGGAACAUUACAGCCCAGGUUUUAAUUCAGAAUAAUCUGUGUGCAGCUGACGAGAUCAUGUUGCCUUGUGAAUUUUGUGAGGAGCUCUACCCAGAGGAACUGCUGAUUGACCAUCAGACAAGCUGUAACCCUUCACGUGCCUUACCUUCACUCAAUACUGGCAGCUCUUCCCCCAGAGGGGUGGAGGAACCUGAUAUCAUCUUCCAGAACUUCUUGCAACAGGCUGCAAGUAACCAGUUAGACUCUUUGAUGGGCCUGAGCAAUUCACACCCUGUGGAGGAGAGCAUCAUCAUCCCAUGUGAAUUCUGUGGGGUACAGCUGGAAGAGGAGGUGCUGUUCCAUCACCAGGACCAGUGUGACCAACGCCCAGCCACAGCAACCAACCACGUGACAGAGGGGAUUCCUAGACUGGAUUCCCAGCCUCAAGAGACCUCACCAGAGCUGCCCAGGAGGCGUGUCAGACACCAGGGAGACCUGUCUUCUGGUUACCUGGAUGAUAUUAAGCAGGAAACAGCUAAUGGGCCCACCUCCUGUCUGCCUCCCAGCCGACCCAUUAACAAUAUGACAGCUACCUAUAACCAGCUAUCGAGAUCAACAUCAGGCCCCAGACCUGGGUGCCAGCCCAGCCCUCCUCUUGUGCAGAAGCUCAACAACUCAGACAGCCAGGACAUCCGGGGGCGGAAUCGAAACAGCCAGAAUGGGGCCAUAGCCCCUGGGCACGUUUCAGUGAUUCGCCCUCCUCAAAAUCUCUACCCAGAAAACAUUGUGCCCUCUUUCUCCUGUGGACCUACAGGGAGAUACAGAGCUAGUGGUGGGAGUGAAGGUGGCAGGAAUUCUGGGGUCACCCCUGCAGCUGCCAACUACCACAGCAGAACUGCAAAGGCAAAGCCCUCCAAGCAACAUGGAGCUGGGGAUGCAGAGGAGGAAGAGGAGGAGUAAUGGUAUCUCCAGAGACUUUACAUCGGUUCCUGUAUUCUGUGCACAGCAGCACUUGCUGCCGUGCAGGCCCACCUCUCUGGCUCUUUGGGUGGGAGAGAUUUUCCAGAUUUUAGAUUUUUCUAGGUUAUGGCCAUUUUGUGUCUUUUGAGGUUGUGCUGUGGGGGUUUGGGUUUGAGGGAAGGGAGCAGGGUGGCGGUUGAGGAACGCUUCAGCCUUAGCUGCUACCUUUUGGCAGCAGUGAAAUACAAGCUGCAGCCUCAGCUGCCAGAGCUCCCUUUUGACUUACUGUCGCCACUGCCCCUUGGUGCUGUGUGGUCCCAGUGGAAGGAGGGGAAGAUUUUGGAAACCUGUUAGCCACCAGUAAAGUGAUUCUCUGCCCUGUUGGGGCCUAAAUUUGGGGGCUUUUGGGCAACCUCUCCCUGUACUGCCUCUGUCCACACCCGAUUGGGCCCCAGGUGUGUGUGAGGCUCUGGUAAGGUGCUCAGGCCACUUGCAAUGUCUGUCAGUAACGAGGCUUUUGAUGUGUUGAGCUGGAGGUGAGUGGACUGGGGGCUGUGUUUUAAGCUGCUUCCUUGGCAUUUGGCAUCACUGCCUUCUGUUCCUGGGGGAGCAUGGAUCUUUUGUCCUCACUGCUUUCUAAUGGGGAGGGCUGAGGGCUCCCUGUCCCCACAGGGGUAUGUUGGGCUCUGCCCCAGCCCCAUGCUUGCUCUGAAAACCAAGUGUCAGAGCCCCUUCCCCUUGUUUUUAUGUUACUAUUAUAAUAAUUAUUAACUUCCUUGUAAUAGAAAUAAAGUUUGUACUUGGAGUUCA